CAACGUGACAUUACAGCCAGAUGUGUGUUGCAUAAUGUGAUCCGUGCUCUCCUUACCCAGCACAAAACUCCAAGGUCCAACUUUAAAGUUAACGAUCUGUUCCAGCCAGAGACAGUCCUUUCUGACCAGGUCAGCAGUAACUGAACAUCACCAAUAAAGAUGGGAGACUGGGGAUUCCUGUCAUCCUUGCUGGACAAGGUCCAGUCCCACUCCACAGUCAUUGGGAAGAUCUGGAUGAGCGUCCUCUUCCUGUUCAGGAUCAUGGUUUUGGGUGCGGGUGCUGAGAGCGUCUGGGGAGACGAGCAGUCGGGUUUCACCUGUAACACUCAGCAACCUGGUUGUGAGAACGUCUGCUACGACUGGACCUUCCCCAUCUCGCACAUUCGCUUCUGGGUCCUCCAGAUCAUCUUUGUCUCCACGCCAACGCUGAUCUACCUGGGCCACGCUAUGCACAUCAUCCACACGGAGAAAAAGCUGAGGGAGAGGCUGUUGGGCCCCGGUGGGACCCUGCUGCUCAAAAGGUGCAAAUACACAGAUGAAAAAGGAAAGGUGAAGAUCAAGGGGAACCUGCUCGGGAGCUACCUGACCCAGCUCGUGGUCAAAAUCGUCAUUGAGUCUGCCUUCAUAGUAGGCCAGUACUACUUGUACGGCUUUGUCAUGGUCCCCAUGUUCCCCUGCUCUAAGAAGCCCUGUCCCUUCACUGUGGAGUGCUACAUGUCCCGACCCACGGAGAAGACCAUCUUUAUCAUUUUUAUGCUGGUAGUGGCCUGCGUCUCUCUGCUUCUCAACGUCAUUGAGGUGUUCUACCUGAUUUGUACCAGGGUUAGAUGUGGGUCCAGGGCUCGCACUCACAAGAUCACUUCAGCGGAAUACCCUGCCAGCCUGUCAGCUCCCAGGCAGAUGACUACGACUGAAGAGGAAGCACUCAAGCAGAACAAAAUGAACAUGGAGCAAGAGAGUAUUGGUGGAAGCCUGGAUGGGGCCAAAGAGGAGAAACGACUACUGAACAGUCAUUAAAAACCACUGACCUGACCAUUUUAAUGUAUUAAAUGCUUGUUUCAGAUUUCUGCCCCACGGUUCCUUGUUCAGAUACAUCUAAGAGACUGAAGUGAAGAGUUCUUACAAUGUGGUGUACAAAUCAUGACAGAACAUCAAGGAAAAGUGUUAUCAUUGUGUAGUAAAGUGAUAUUCAUGUUGAGAAAAGUCUGCAUAAAUUAGUUUAGGGUCAUGUUGUUGGAAUUUUGCAAUUAUUUUGCAUUCUUAAACUAGAAAUCCAUUAAUGGAUAGCGUGCAAUGUUCAUAAUGUAUUUAUGUUCUUCGAUACUCACUUAAUCUAUGAGUGAGCAGAAUUUUGUCUAUGCCCAGUUAUUGAAUGUGUCUUUUUCCCCCAUUUUUGUAUGCUUUUAAUAAAUGAUUAAAGUUGGAUAAAAACUG